AUGGGUGACACAACGGAAGAACCUGCGACGUUGAAGCACGAGGGCUCAGAGGCUGCUGACCUGAGCGCGGAUGCCACCGAAGCACCUGCUGCCGACGCACCGGAACCACAACCAACUCAAGAGGCGAAAUCCCCGGUCGAGGCCAAUGGAAAUGUAUCGGCCAACCCAUUAGAUGCGCCUAAGUCCCCGCCAGCUCAGGACGAUCCGGAUGGCGAACCAGAGGAUGCAGACAUGGGCGGAGUUGACGACGACGCCAAAGUCGAAGAUGUGGAUGCUGAAAAAGAGGGAGCCGAAGAUGCGCAACAAACGCCAGCUCCAACCCAGACGGAUGCUGAAGCAGAGAAGACCAAAGCUGCUCUCGAAGAAGCGGCCAAUUCCCACCUUGCCUCACAAACACACCAGAUCAUCCUCCCCAGUUACAGCACGUGGUUUGACAUGCAUAUAAUACACCCUCUCGAGAAGAAGUCGCUACCGGAAUUCUUCAACAGCCGCAAUCGGAGUAAAACUCCAGCAGUCUACAAGGAUUACCGGGAUUUCAUGAUCAACAGCUACCGCCUGAACCCCGUCGAGUACCUCACCGUGACCGCUUGCCGAAGGAAUCUGGCGGGGGAUGUCUGCGCCAUCAUGAGAGUCCAUGCGUUUCUCGAACAAUGGGGUUUGAUCAAUUACCAGGUUGACCCUCAGACUCGCCCUGCAAAUAUCGGCCCGCCUUUCACAGGUCAUUUCAGAGUCAUCGCCGACACGCCUCGGGGGCUGCAACCUUUCCAGCCUGCUCGAGACACCGUUACAACUCCAGGGAAACCGCAUCCCUCCACCGACCGCGCCACCUCUGCGACCCCGGCAGCAAAAGCAGACCUCAACCUGGAGAUCAGACGCAACGUAUAUGAUGACAAAGGGAAAGAGAUAAAGACGAGCGAAGAGCCUGAGAAACGGACAAAUGGCGAAGGGGCUACGGCGAACGGUACGAGCUCUGCUACCAAGGCUAUGCAAGCUGUCGCCCGAGAACCCAACAAGAGCUUCAACUGCUUUGCAUGCGGUGUUGAUUGCACACGGUGCCGUUUUCACUAUGCCAAAUCUGAACCAGUAGCGAGCACCCCCAACCCCGGAGAGCAGAAAUACGACCUAUGUCCCAACUGCUACUUUCAGUCCAGAAUGCCAGCCAACCACAGAUCGUCGGAUUUCGUCAAAAUGGAGGAACCAGCUUACUCUCACAUUCCCGACAAGGAUGCUCCGUGGACUGACUCGGAAAUUCUGCUUCUGCUUGAAGGACUGGAGACCUUUGACAACGACUGGAGCGAGAUCGCCAAGCACAUUGGCACCAGAACAAGAGAAGAAUGCGUGCUCAAAUUCCUGCAGCUUGACAUUCAAGAUCAGUAUCUCGAGGAUGGUGCUCUGACCGGUUCUGCCGCCAUGAAAGCGCUAACCGGACGAAGUCCAAUCAGUCAACUGGAUAACCCGGUCAUGUCAGUGGUCAGUUUCCUUGCUCAAUUGGCGGACCCAGAAGUCGUUGCCGCUGCAUCAAACCGUUCGAUCGCAGUCAUGCAGAAGCAAUUACGGGCUCAGCUCGCGAAGGGAAUGGGUGGAGCCGAGCAGGAACAGGCUGACGAAGCAGAGAAGAGCAAGGAGGAGGUAAAAACAGAAGAUCAUAUGGAAGUUGACGAGGCGGCUCCUUCAGCGGAGAAGGCCACAACCGAAGGCAAUGGCGCUUCAAAUGUUAUCAAUGACAUUGCCAGUACAGCCCUGGCCACAUCCGCAGCUCGAGCUAGCGGCCUCGCGUCUCACGAGGAAAGAGAAAUUACCCGAAUGGUCUCUGCUGCUGUGAACCUGACCCUCCAGAAAUUCGAGCUGAAGAUGGCGCAGUUCGCUGAGAUGGAAGAAAUAGUCCAAGCAGAGCGACGAGACCUGGAGAAAGGCCGCCAACAAUUAUUCCUGGACAGAUUGUCCUUCAAGAAGCGCAUGAAGGACAUGGAAGACACUUUCCGAAAAGCCAGUCUGAAAGAACCGCAAGAGGGCAUGCGCAUGAUGCAGGAGGCAGUAAGUGCCAAUUCAGGUCAGAAGUUCGGCUUCCAGUCCGAGGCUGAGAGUAAAGGAAAGGCUACCACGGUCACACCGGAUAUUGGUGGGGAGCGGACUUUGGACCUUUCGUAG